UCCCAAGAGAAAGAAGCCAGACAUGAAAGGUCACAGCAACCUCCAUGGAGUCCAUGUGGGAUCUGGCCUCCAGAGCCGCCUGAUCCAGGAUUCAGUGCUGUUACGGCCUUUUCUCUCCGCUGGCAUGUGUCACUCCCUCUGACUAUUGUCAGGAUAGAGCCAGGAGCCUGGAAGCGGGGCUGGGGCAGUUACAGCAUGACAUCUUUGGAAGGUCAAUUCAGAGGACCAAGGUGUAUCUGUGUCCCGAUGCCAGUUUGAGAAACUUCCCAACAGAGCUGGACUGGCUUGCUUCGCAUCAUAGACUCAUCCCCGGAAUACCGAUUAUGAAAAGAGGCAUGGAGACAGACACAGAGGGAAGACGGUCAUGCGAAGACAUGAGAGAUGGCAGCCGAGAGUCUGCAGACAAGGAACCCAAAGACUGCCUGCCGUCCCCAGAAGCGACGAGAGCCUGGAGCAGAUUCUCCUUCGAGCCUCAGAGCCCUCAGAGGGAACCAAGUCUCCACUUUGAUCUUGGACUUCUGGCCUCCAGAACCGUCGCUUCUUGUUUCUUGAAUGUGGUGGGGACACAAAAUGUAUGGGCCACAUGAGAGGAAGGAAGGGAAGAGCUGGCCGAUGACGUCACCACCCACAUGCAGCUUCCCUCCCUGUCGUGGUUGAAACAGAAGAAGGACCCUUAGAGCAGACUGCGGGGCCAGAAUGAUCUCUGAGUUCCUUUGCCUCCUCUGCCUUGGGCUGUGCGCUGGCCAAGGAGGCAGGGAGCCUGGCGAGCCCCUUCCCAAGCCCUCCCUCAGGGUCUGGCCCAGCUCGGUGGCGCCUCCCAGGAGCAAUGUAACACUGCAGUGUCGGAGCCCCACCAAGGAUGUCCACUUCACUCUCAGGAAGGGAAAUAUUCCUUUGCCUUUUGCACAACCACCGGCUUCCACAGGGGGCCUGGCUGAAUUUCUCCUCACUGACCUAAGAACCAGCCAGGCUGGAAAGUACACCUGUGAGGUCCACAGAGGAGGGCUCCCCUCGCCGCCCAGUGACGCUGUCCUGCUCCUGGUGACAGGAGAUUUCUCUAAACCUUCCCUGCAAGCCCACCGAAGGGGUGUGGUGACGGCAGGAGACAAUGUGACCCUGCAGUGCCAGUUGCAGGACUAUGUUUUCAGGCGGGUAAUGUUCGCUCUGCUGAAGGCGGGGGAGGUGGCGCCCAUCCAGCUCCGAACUCCAGUCGGGAAGGAGACGGACUUCUCGCUGGGGACGGUGACAGCUGGGGACUCCGGGAACUACAGCUGUGUGUACUUCCUGUACCAGGCUCCUUUCUGGGCCUCAAAGCCCAGCGAUCCUCUUGAGGUCCGGGUCAGAGGUGAGGUUUCCCAGGGUUUUUCGGAAAUUUGAGAAAUUUAAUUCAUUUACUCAUCAGCUUCUGUUUACUUGGCUAUUUUAUUUGCUUUCUCCAAUUUGUGAUCUAUCGCUGACUCACAACACGAUUAAAGUGCA